AGUUAUUUUAUUUGUAGGCGAGAUAAAGAAGCCCCCACAAUGCCAUGCGGUGUCAUUUCAGAAGUAAAACCUGGUUUAGUUGUGCAGAUAAAGUAUUGACUGGUUUGAUGUCGGUGUGUUCAGGAGCCUCCAGAGCUCUUCCUGUCACCAUGGGGAUCAAAGCUGCACUUCCCAAAUAUGAGAUAUAUUUCUACAACACGGUGCUUUGUCUGGCCAUGUUCUGGGCUUCCAGCUGGAUCUUCGACCUGUCCAGUUCCAGUGCAAACAGAAAAACGUUCAAAACCAGCGUGAAGCCAGGAUGGUACUACUUUGGGAGGAAAAUGGACACAGCUGAUUUUGAGUGGAUGAUGUGGUUUUCCACCUUCAGAGCGCACAUCCUGUUUGCUCUCUCUGGCCAUGUGCUGUUCGCUAAGAUCUGCUCCAUGUUGGCUCCACAGCACAGGUCCCUGGUGUACAUGGUGUAUGGGCUGCUGGCCGUGUGGACCAGUAUGGGCUGGACCUACGUCACCCUCAUCCUGUCCCACUGUAUUCUGCUCUACAGCAUCUCCUUGGUGAAAAUCCGCUGGCUCUGCUUCGUCACGGGACUUUGCACCCUCGCUACAUUUAAGUGUGAACCCUUCGUGUCCUGGCAGGCAGGCUUUGUGGAGGGUGACUUUGAUCUGCGUCAUGUUCUCUUCUAUGGAGGUUGUGGGUUUACUAUCAUGCGCUGUAUGAGCUUUGCUCUGGAGAACUGCGAGAGGAAAGAUGGAAACUACAACAUCCUGGAACUGCUCAAGUACAACUUCUACCUCCCCUUCUUCUAUUUUGGGCCUGUCAUGACCUUUGAUAAGUUUUAUAUUCAGGCCAACAAGUCAGACCUGACCAGGAAAGAGUGGGAGGUGUGGAACAUCAGUCUGCAGGGCGCAAUUCACCUGGGAGCCAUCAUUGUGGUGGACGUCCUCUUCCAUUUCCUGUACAUCCUCACCAUCCCCACCGACCUGAAGCUUCUUAAGCAUGCCUCUGAUUGGGCUUUAGUGGGCCUAGCUUACUUUAACCUGGUGUAUGACUGGGUUAAAGCCGCUGUCAUGUUUGGAGUCAUCAACACUGUGUCGAGACUGGAUCAUCUGGAUCCUCCCAAGCCACCAAAAUGCAUCACUACGCUCUACGUGUUUGCUGAAACUCAUUUUGACAGAGGGAUCAACGAGUGGCUGUGCAAGUACGUGUACGAUUACCUGGGUGGAAAACAUGACAACGUGGUGGAGGAGCUGGUGGCUACACUGUGCACCUUUGGCGUCACCAUCCUGUGGUUGGGACCCUGCGAGGUGGUGCUGGUCUGGGCUUUCUUUAACUGUUUUGGCCUCAACUUUGAGCUGUGGACUGCCAAGGUCUUCUCCAUGGAGCCUUUUGCUUCAUUUGAGAUGUCAAUGCCAGAAGCAACAUCCCGCCGGAUCAGAGCCAUCUUCAAUACUUUUAACUUCUGGAGCAUUGUGUUAUACAACAUCCUGGCCUUGAACAGUAUGGACUUUGCCAAGUUGGUCGCAAAGCGGCUGCUUCUCAAAGGCUUCCCUAUAACCACCAUCAUCGUCAUGUUUGUGACCUACUGCCUGAUUCAAGUGAUUAAGGAGAGAGAGAGGAGGCAGGCCCUUAUUGAUGAUCCUGAUCCUCUUCCUCCUGCUCCCCCUCAAAGCGCCACCACCGCUGCAGCUGCACCCACUGCUGCUCCACCAGUCGCAGAUCCUAGCAAGCAAAAAGCAGAGUAGACGUUGACUUCAGUAAUAGCGAAGGUCGUAAACAGCCUAGAGUAUGAUCACCAGUCCAAAUUGUGGAUUUAAUGCUUUGUGUUCGCUGAUGUAGAAAACAGCAUUAACUGUAAAUACGUUUACCAUCAUUUAACUGUGUUGAUACCUAAAAGGGGAAAAAAAUAGAAGUUUAUAAAAGACACUUACUGAAAUAUGAUAAUGGUAUAA